CACAAAAUAUUGCCUGCCACGAAAAAUGGAAAACAACAAAAGAACAGGCGCCCCUUCGAUUGGCCUUUGCGCGCUGUUGUCAUGGCCCAAAAGCCGAAACAGGCUACGGCCAGCAUGCCGACCAAACAGGAGAAGGAGGCUGGUUUGGUGAUGGAAACAAAUAACAGUAGUAUUGUGUCCAAACGCAGUGUCGAGCUUCAGUAUUAUCCCGGAGAAGAGUUCUUUCGCCCCUUCGUGAAGAGACCGCAGAGACGAGCGCCGUUGAUCAACCGUGGAUAUUGGCUUCGGAUGCAUGCCAUUGCGCAAACGGUUCGCAAAUUCCUGGAAGAGCCACACGAACGCCCCAAAUUUAUUCUCAACCUUGGAUGCGGCUAUGACCCGCUACCUUUCCAGUUUCUUGCUCGCGAAAAGGCAAUCUGCCAAAAUGCCACUUUCGUGGACAUUGACUAUGAAAAGCUGAUGGGCAUUAAAACUACACUCAUUCAAAAAACGGAUGUUUUUAAGGAUGUCUUGGGAAAGAUGGACAUCUACCCGGAGCCUAAUCCGGUGCUUCUGCGAGCUUCCCACUAUGUGGCUGUGGGGUGUGACCUUAAAAACUUGAAAAAGCUUGGGGAAGGUCUGAAUGAGAUUUUCGGCUCUUCUCCUGUCUCGAUUCUUUGUACAGCGGAGGUGUCGCUCACUUACAUGGACAUUGAGUCCGCCGAUGCGCUUGUAUCAUGGUUACCGACCCUCGGUCAAGACAUUCAAUUCUGUCUUCUGGAGCAAUUCUUCCCAGAUGGCCCUAAUCAUCCGUUUGCAUAUACUAUGAUGAAGCAUUUCCAUAAGCUCCAAGCACCUCUGCACUCGAUUCAUAAAUAUCCAACCCUUCAAAUGCAGGAAGAGCGCUUCACUUCCAAGGGGUGGCUCAGCGCAUCCGCCAUGAGUUUGUGGAAUGUUUGGAAUGACGAUUCCUUUCUUAGUAAAUCGCAGAGGACGGGUUUGGACGACAUCGAACCGUUUGAUGAAUGGGAAGAAUUUUCUCUCUUUGCUUCCCAUUACUUCCUUCUAUCAGCCUCUACUUUUGCUAGAGACUAUAGGAAUAAGAAUCCCGAGGCCCCAUGCUCUAAUGGUCUUCCCAAGUCCUCGCUGGUUUUAUCAGCUAAGCCUCUGCCGACUCAGAAGGGUCGUCGAAGGUUUGCCGCAAUAGUCUCCGAUAGUGACGGGUCGUUGGGUAUCCACGGUGGACUAGGGAGUCAAUACCGUCUGUCGUCGACUGAUCUUUAUGUCAGAGGAGAGAAAGUUACUAAGUCAGUCCGAACUUUGCCGCCCCAAAAUAUCCCGCCACGCAUGUGCCAUACUAUUACGAACCUCAAGGAUGGGAGGAGUCUAAUUGUUGGAGGUCGGGCGUCACCUGCUGCAAGCUUGAGUGACUGUUGGAUUCGUCAAGAUAAUGUGUGGAAAGAGACAUAUCCCCUUCCUGUUCCUCGAUUUCGUCACUGUGCAACACACGUUCAACUACAAGAAGAUGCAGAACAUGUGUUGGUUUACGGCGGAAAGUCUAACAAGGGCGAGACGCUGGGCGAUUGGCUACUUUGGGACGUUCAACAAGGCUGGCAGACACUUGAAGUUGUCUCUGAGGCUGACAUUCCAACUCGAUUUGGUGCCUCAAUAGUGAGCAUAGGCUCGUCAAGUGGAUAUCUCUUCGGUGGUAUGACUCAGGAUGGAAUCAUUCAAACCGAUUUCUGGAAAUGGACUGUUAAGGUGCGAGAGAGUGGAACUAAAAUCAUACAACUCAUUGAGCACACCUCCAAACUGCGAGAUGCUACGACUCUUUCAGACUACAUUGGCCGCUUUGGUGCAUCUGUUAGUGUAAUUUCUGACAGCUUGAUUAUUAUUGGUGGGAUCAGUGUUCGUGGUAUUCUCACACAUGAACUGGAGAUACUCCAUCUGAAUAUUGCCGAGUUAGCUCAGGAGAAAUGGAAUUCUUUGACUGUGGAAAUCGUUCAUUAUGUCACCGAUUCUUCAAUGUCUCGACCACUCCUCGUGGGCCAUGUAUCGUCCAAUGUCAGCCCAUCUGAAGCUCUGGUUGCUACUGGUGGAGCAGUGUGCUUUUCAUUCGGUACCUAUUGGAAUGAUUUCAUUUGGCAUUUGCGAGAUAUUUCAGUCAGGACUCCCGUUGAGUGGAAUUUGCUGCCUGAAAACGAAAAGGCAUGCUUGAAUAAACCUGCGCCUCUAGCAAAUAAAAUUCGUAAAAGACUAGCCAAUCCAGGUACGAUCACCGCGAUACCUCGUCGAACUGUCGAAACCCAGACCGAGUUUGAGGAAAUCAUGGCCCAUUCUCAACCAGUUAUUAUAGCUGGGGCUAAUCUGGGGCGCUGCACGGAAUAUUGGACCAAGGACUACCUGGCCCAGGCUAUGGGAGUUGAUCGUCAAGUAAUUGUUCAUGAGGCUCGUUCUGAUCAUAUGAAUUUCCAAACGAAGAACUUUUCCUAUAAGACCAAAAAAUUCAGCACAUUCCUCGAAGAAAUCCACCAGGGCAGCCGUCAAUAUCUGCGAUCGAUCUCGGUCAAUCAGCCAACGAAGAAGGCAACUAAUUUGGCGGAAGACUUUCCUGAAAUCAAGGAUGAUUUCCAACUCCCCGCUCCACUCAGUUUUGUACAAGAGCAUGCACAUAGUUCCCCUCUACGUAUUUCAGGGCCAGUCACUAUGUGGCUUCACUACGACGUAAUGGGCAAUGUCUACUGUCAGAUUCAAGGACAGAAAAAGCUGGUUCUCUACCCGCCCUCGGAUGUACAGCAUCUGCAGCUACCGGCUGGAGCAUCCAGCUCGACUCUAGAAGUUUUUGACAGUGUAGCUGAUGGCAAUAUUCUCUAUAUCCCACGAACGUCGCCCCACGAGGCCAUCAUGAAACCCGGCGAUAUUCUGUUCAUCCCGCCGCUCUGGCUGCACGCUGCAUCGCCCAUCGGAGGGGUCAGCAUCGCGGUGAAUAUGUUCUUCCGCAACCUCGUCACGGGGUAUGCAACGGGGCGCGAUGUGUAUGCGAACAGAGACCUCCAGGCGUACGAGAAAGGACGCAAUGAGGUGGAUAAAAUCGCACAGUCGUUCAAGGCACUCCCACCCGACAUGGCCCAGUUUUACCUCUUGCGGCUGGCCGACGAGCUGCGAGCAAAGGCGCAGCGAUGAGCAUGCAGCAGUGGAGCUGAUCAAGAAUGGCUGUUGGCACUAACAAUUAUAGUACCAUAGUGUGUACGUAGUUAUGUAUUACUACCAGAAAAACAAGGUUUACGGCGAUUGGCUGGAUUUGCUUCUAAGACGCUCGGACCAGCAAGUCCCGCCGUGUGGAUCCUGGGGAGGCAGCCAGCCAAUGAGCAGGCGGCGAUUGUUUGCACGACUCAACCCCGCUCAGCACUCAAAAUAGAUGACGAUGACAUUAUUCUUAUCGCAGCGAAUCGUCAAUAAAACAUUAAC